AUGGCGAAUUGUCAGCGAGAGCAGGAGUCCAUCUGGGCUCCGGGCACAGUCACCCUCGAAGAUAAUGAUCCUUUGAAUUGGUCCAAGGCACGGAAGACUCUCAACUACACUCUAGUCAGCAUAUUUGUUCUCUUCACCUUCGUGGAGCUAGACAUAGGUUUCACCGCAUGGGGUCCGAUGGAAACAGAGCUUGGCUUCACAGUGGACCAGCUCAAUGCCGGUACAGCGACCAACUACGGUGGUCUUGCUGUCGGAUGCUUUUUUCUGCUCCCUCUCGCCCGUAAAUAUGGCCGUCGCCCUAUCUAUAUCUUUGCCUCAGCAUUGCAGCUGGCUGCGAGCGUGUGGAAUGCCAAGGUCUUUACCUUCGGUGACUACAUCGGAGCGAUGCUGAUUUCCGGUUUGGGUGGUGCUAUCAGCGAGAUCAUCGUACAAAUGACCGUAGCUGAUCUUUUCUUCGUCCACCAACAUGCCACCAUGAACGGCUUAUUUGUGCUCUUUCAGUCAGUUGGAGCCUUACUGGGACCUGUCGCCUCAGGAUAUGUCGUGGAAUCCCAGGGUUGGCGGUGGACAUGGUGGUGGUGCGUGAUCUUCUUCGCCGUUAUCCUGCUGUGUGUGAUUUUUGUUUUCGAAGAAUCCAAGUUUCUCCCAAUUUUGGAUGCCCAGGAAGUUAUUCCAGAUGUACAGGUAUCUGGUGUGGAAGAACCCGAGUGCUCUGAGGCUCCUAAGGGCAGGCUGUCAUCCGAUGAUAAGAAAGGGUUCGAACGAUCCGUGGAAAGAUGUGCUACCCCGCGGCCUGGAAGUGAGCCAAAGACCUACCUUCAGCGAAUGGCUCUCUUCACACCGUCUGAUGAAUCUAUAUGGCCUCACGUGUGGCAGCCGGCUGUCAUUCUGUUUACUUUCCCGGCAGUGACAUAUACUGCACUUACAUACGGCUCCACUCUGUGUUGGUUUGCAGUCAUGACGUCGCUCCAAGCGACAUAUAUGAUUCUUCCGCCGUACAACUUUAGUUCAGUCGGCAUCGGCUUGAUGAAUGUGGCGCCAUUCAUUGGCAGCCUAUUAGGCUUUCCAAUUUCAGGUUAUCUGAGCGACAAGUCCAUCCUUUGGUUGUCCAAGAGAAACAAUGGCAUUUACGAGCCUGAGAUGCGUCUUUGGCUUUCGCUUCCUAUAAUAGCUUUGGGUCCAGGAUCGAUACUGAUGUUUGGUCUUGGGCUUGCAUAUGGUGCUCACUGGGUUGUACUGGCAGUUGGCUAUGGUAUCUUUGGGUUUGUUCUUUCGUGCAGCAGUGGUAUCUCACUGUCCUAUCUCAUGGAUUGCUACCAGGAUAUUGUUGGCGACACUCUAGUCGGUGUAGUCUUCAUGCGAAAUGUGAUUGCUGUCAUUGUUCUCUUCACUUUGACACCCUGGGUUAAUGGGAUGGGCAUGCAGAACCUUCACAUCUUGAUUGCGGUUGUGGCGUUUUUCAUCUACUCGAUCCCAAUUCCCCUAUUGAUCUGGGGGAAGAGGGCGCGUAUUGCUACUGCAUCGACUUAUCGGAGGAUGGCAGAGAAUCAGAGCGACAAUCGGGUGGUAUGA